CUGACUUGCUCUGUACCUUUUUCUAGGAUUGAGUGGUUUUGAAGGUGAAGAGGUUGCAAAGUUAUAGAUAACAUGAAAGUGAAUUCUUCUGAUUGUACAUUUACUGAAGAAUCAGGAGAUGAAAUAACCAACGUAUCUUACUUGGAGAAACAAAUAGAUCAGCAGCGCUACCAAACAUCUGUUGAAUUACUGCUUCCUCUACAUGAAGAAAGCGGUCCUAUUGUAAACAAAAUUGUUGAUCUGGUAGAUAGCUUUUCGUAUUACGAAUUUACCGGAAGCCCCGAUAUCCUCUUAUUUCCGGAUUUGUAUAGUAAUCUUCUGCAUUCAGGAAAAGCGUACGUUAUUUCUCAGGCGCCUUAUGGUUGUGAUGAUCGAAUUUCAAUAGUUAAUGGUAAACUGCUCGUCACAUUGACUAAAGACUCGUUUCUUCAAACAGGUCUGGAUGCUAACCCGGCCUCUUCAAAAGCGACUAACUGUUUAUGGAAUGCUUCUUAUGACCUGAAAACUACUUUUUUACAAUCGCACCGAAAAGGAUAUGAAAGGCUUAAGAGCGCGCUUGGUCGUUUUAAUAAUCAGUGGACAUUUUACAUGGGAAUUUCUUCAGAAUAUUUAGACGAAUCUUUUAUGAACACUCUCAAAAACUCGUUUCCCGUACCGUUAAUACAGCACCAUUUGCAUGCUUUAAAAAAAGUUUAUCCGUCUGUUAAAGUCCCUCCCCCCAUCAAUUCUCUAAAAAAAAUAGAUAGUAUGGACUCCUUAGAAACAUCUGUCGAGAUUUUAGAACAGUUUUCUUUAUUGCUUUUGAAUGCUGACGCUAUACAAAAGGAUUACUCAGUCGAUCCUUAUAUAUGCUCCUAUAAACCUAUAUCUAAUAGUACAUCUGACAUCUUGGCUGUUUCAAUUGUAGGUCUGAUUGACGCGUCUGUUACCAUCCGUGUCUAUAAUUUACUAAGGAAUUUGGAUUGGAGUUUCUGUGUCUUCCGUAAUGAGUAUCUUUCCUCUAUUCCUGAUUCUUUAGCUGCUCCUGGCAAAGCCAACCAAAACUUGCUAUCCUUUAACCAAAAAAAUCAUAACUUACGCUGGACUUGGAAAAUAACCUAAAACAGGGUGAUAUUGGGAACAUCAUGUACAUUAUUCUUAGUGAAUAGAGUGGUUAUAAAAAUAUGUAAUUCUAACCAAUUCGCG